AUGUUAUUCAGACGAUCUGAUGCACGUACCAAUCUCGAUAUUCGACCUCUUACGAUUUCACUCUCAACACUUUCAAGAGCUGAUGGGUCUUGCAACUUCGCUUUUGGUGACUUGAAAGUCUUGGGUGCAAUGACUGGACCAGCUGAAGUUAAAGUAUGGGAUGAGAAACCAAAACAUGCGACUGUAGAAGUUAACGUUCUUCCAAUAUCAUCCUUACCAGGACCUUCCAGUAAAUCAAGUGCUCAAUCAAUCAAAUCUUUCAUUAGUCCGAUUAUUUAUCUUGAACAAUAUCCAAGAUCUUUAAUUCAAAUUAAUCUACAAACCCUUUCAAAACCAUCCGAAAGAUGGUCAAGUACAAGAAAACCUUCAAGAUUAGGAUUUGAAGAAAACGAAAGUAUAUCAGAAAGAGCUGCAUUGAUGAACGCAAGUAGUAUAGCAUUAUUAGAUGGUGGGGUAGGAAUGAGUGGGGUAGGUAUUGCUGUUGCUGUAGCUAUAGUCAAGAGUGAGUUAGUUCAACAAAUUGGAGAAGACGAAGAUCGUAUGAAAGAAGAUGAAGAUCAAGAGUGGGUAAUCCUUUUGGAUCCAAGUCCAAAUGAAGAAGCACAAGCUACAAGCCUACAUCUGAUAGGAUAUCAAUUCGGUUCUCAUCCAACUCCUUCAAAUCCUAUAAUCGAUAACGUCAGACAAAGUGAACCUACACUGUGCUUUUGUGAAUCUUAUGGAUCGUUCGAUCAAACUCAGCUUAAGGGGGUUUUCGAAGUUUCACAAACAGGAAUUGCUCAGAUUUACUCAUUGAUCCGUACUAGUCUUGAACAUCAAUAUCUUCAAACUCUAAGCCGCCCAGGCACUUUAAACCCUUCUAGUUUACCACCACCUCCCUCAACCGCAUCAGCACCUAACACUCAGACAACAGAUACUACAAAACAAAAGAAAAAGAAAAAGGACAAGACAAAUAAUUAA